CCUCUCUCCUAGACAGCCAAUCAGUGUGCAAGAGCUGUUCUGACACCGCCCCCUGGGCCAGUCCUGCCAGAGCUGCUUUGUGUGAAGCAUGCAGGAGGCUGCUGUCCUCCUCCUUUUUGCUUUAAUGGCUGUCAAGAGACGCCGAAUAGAGGGAGAGCAGCUAGAAAGGGGCUCCGUUUGAUUCAGUAAUCAGCGGAAAAGAAAACACUGCACACACCAUGAUGCCAGGACAUGCUAGAAACCCACACGAGCUUUACUAUCUGAGGACCCAGCAAGCACAGGAGAAGAUGGAGCGAUCGGAGAAGAGGUUGAAGCAACGAUUACGCGUGUGCGUGGCCACCUGUAACAGAGCGGACUACUCUAAACUCGCACCCAUCAUGUUCGGCAUCAAGUCUCACCCUGAAAUCUUUGACCUGGAGGUGGUGGUGCUGGGGUCACAUCUCAUUGACGAUUACGGAAACACGUUCCGUAUGAUUGAGCAGGAUGAGUUUGAUAUUCGCUCUAAGUUGCACACUAUUGUUCGUGGUGAGGAUGAAGCUGCUAUGGUGGAGUCUGUGGGUCUCGCGCUUGUGAAGCUUCCCGACGUCCUCCAGCGUCUCGCUCCUGACAUUCUGCUCGUUCAUGGCGACCGUUUCGAUGCGCUGGCCUUGGCGACAGCAGCGGCUCUAAUGAACAUUCGCAUUUUGCACCUGGAAGGUGGAGAAGUGAGCGGAACCAUUGAUGAUUCCAUUCGUCACUCCAUCUCCAAACUGGCACACUACCAUGCCGUCUGCACGCGCUCGGCCGAGAGACACCUCAUCUCUAUGUGCGAAGACCAUUCUCACAUUUUAUUGGCUGGCUGCCCGUCUUACGACAAGCUGCUUUCCGCCCACCAACGAGAUGAUUAUACUGAUAUCAUCAAGUCGUGGAUUGGGGAUGAUGUGAAAGAACAGAACUAUAUUGUAGCUCUGCAGCAUCCUGUUACCACAGACAUCCAGAAUUCCAUUAAGAUCUAUGAGUUAAUGCUGGACGCUCUCAUCUCCUUCAACAAGAGAACUCUCAUUCUCUUCCCGAAUAUUGAUGCAGGCAGUAAGGAGAUGGUUCGUGUGAUGAGGCGGAAGGGAAUUGAGCAGCAUCCGAACUUCCGUGCGGUAAAGCAUGUUCCGUUCGAUCAGUUCAUCCAGCUGGUGGCACAUGCCGGCUGCAUGAUUGGGAACAGCAGUUGUGGAGUUCGUGAGGCUGGAGCGUUCGGAACACCUGUCAUUAACCUGGGGACUCGCCAGACGGGUCGAGAAACAGGAGAAAAUGUUCUACAUGUGCGAGAUGCAGACACACAUAAUAAAAUAUACCAUGCCCUGGAGCUGCAGUUUGGAAAACGCUACCCCUGCUCCAAGAUCUACGGUGACGGAAAUGCGGUCCAACGCAUCUUGAAGUUCAUGCAGUCCAUUAACCUUUCUGAGCCACUACAGAAAAAGUUCUGUUUCCCAGCAGUGAAGGAGUGCAUCUCUCAAGAUAUCGACCACAUUCUGGAGACACAGAGUGCACUUGCUGUUGACCUGGGAGGGACCAACCUGCGUGUCGCCAUUGUCUGUAUGAAGGUGUAUAACUAUCACAAGCUCCUUCCUUCCAGUCAGAGUGAUGAAGAGGGUAAAGUAGUUAAGAAAUAUACCCAGUUGAAUCCAAAGACGUUUGAGGAGAGGAUAGAGCUGAUUCUGACCAUGUGCAAACAGGCCAUGGCUGACGCCGUUCACCUCAACUGCAGAAUCCUGGGUGUCGGUGUGAGCACAGGGGGCCGUGUGAAUCCACAAGAUGGGAUAGUCCUCCACUCCACCAAGCUAAUAAAUGAGUGGAGUUCGGUGGACAUCCGUACACCCAUUUCUAGCGCCCUUCAUCUCCCUGUGUGGGUCGAUAAUGAUGGCAACUGCGCCGCCCUUGCUGAGAGGAAGUUUGGCCACGGGAAAGGCGUAGAGAACUUUGUCACCAUUAUCACUGGAACCGGAAUUGGAGGUGGUAUAAUCCAGCAUAAUGAACUGAUCCAUGGCAGCACAUUUUGUGCGGCAGAAUUGGGACACAUUGUGGUCUCUUUGGAAGGACCAGAGUGCAUGUGUGGCAGCCACGGCUGCAUAGAGGCCUACUCAUCAGGUCUCGCCCUGCAGAGAGAAGCCAAGAGACUCCAUGACGAGGACUUGCUGUUGGUUGAAGGAAUGACUGUGAAUAACAAAGAACAGGUGAACGCUAUUCAUCUCAUCAACGCUGCUCGCCUUGGCAACUCCAAAGCUGAGAGCAUACUCCACACAGCGGGAACUGCCCUGGGGUUGGGGAUUGUGAACAUCCUGCACAUGAUCAACCCGUCUCUGGUCAUCCUGUCUGGUGUCCUGUCAGAGCACUAUGAGAAUCCAGUUCGUCAGGUGAUCAGUCAGCGAGCUCUCCUCUCGGCGCAGGGGACCAAAGUCAUGGUGUCUGAGCUGGAGGAUCCUGCGCUGCUGGGUGCCGCCAGCAUGGUACUGGACUACACCACCCGCCGCACUUACUGAAAGAGCUGGAAAACCAGGAACCAGUCAUUUACAGACUCAAAGACCAAGGGCCAAUCAUGUGCUAUGUCCUUGUUAGGAUCAUAGUGGCUUUUAAGCUUGACCUUAAAAACUUUUAUUUGUCUAGUUUUUACUUUAGUCACAUAUAGGUGCUAUAUUAUUUGGGAUCAAUUGCCUAUUGUAAGGUGUGUAAUUUUGAGGAAUGGUUUAAGUAUAUGAAGGAUGGUUUUAUUUAAUAUUUGUACACUGAAACUAAGGGAUAUUUGUUGCAGAGAGGCCGCUAUAAAAAACUGCUGUGGUUUAAUCACCAGUUCUGUCUGUUUUGCUUUCUGUUGUUUGGAUUUUUCAUGGAGACAGCCACGUUGUCCUUUGCACCUUACGCUGAUCUGUUGCCAAGCCUUUAUUGUGUUUUCAGCACCGUAUGCUUAGGUUUAUCGAUUCACUCAGCCUGUAUGAAUGAAUCAAUAAACUGGACAAAUGUUUGUCCAGUAUGUCUACUCUAAUAUUUAAUGUCACAGAUAUGUACAUUAAAAAUGAUUAAACACAAAAUGUACUUUUAUU